AUGGUUGGAAGACUGUGUCACUGGGGACCGCUUCUUGCUUUGUCUAUAAUAAUCACCCUAUUCCUUUGCGGACUUUAUUGUACGAUGUUGUGGUUACCACCGUGGACUUCACUAGCAGGCGGCAUUCAUUUCGCGGUUUUUAUCACUUGGUUGUUUCUGAUAAUGAAUUACUUUCUUAAAUCAAUCUGGCUUGGACCUGGAUACCUACCACUCAAAUGGAGAAUGCAGGUGUGUUUUGCAGUGUAUGUAUCUUUACAGUUGCAUUUUUUAUUGUGCGUAUUCCCUGAAGGAUACACUGUACGUCAAGCACGCAAAAGUUGUAUAAACCACCACUCAGACACUGAAUUGGUUUCUGGCUGAGUCUUUGUUACAAGCAUGCAGGUAGUAACUAAUACAUACAACACUGACUGAAGUCUAAUAGGAAAUAAAUGGUACAAAACAAACUGAUAAUACUAAUCAGACAUACCCUAAACAACAGUCAAGAUGCACGAGACUGCCUAGGAAGUGGGAGGGCGGGCGGGCGAGAAGAAAUUGCUAGUUCUUUUAAGAUGUACAGUAAAAGCCUUAGCUUGACUAAAGUGAAAACUGCUAUGCUUGUAGUAUUUUGAUUGGAUACUAAAAGUCUUUAUUUAUUUAUUUAUUUAUCAAUUAGGUCUGUCACUUAAGCUGAGCAUUAUAGACCGCUCUAAAAAGGAAAACAAAAGUGUCUGAAAUGGCACUUUUAAGCACAAAGUAAUGAAGUGUAAAUAAAUGUUUGAAAUUGCAUUUUUAAAAGCAGCCAGUGAAUUGGACAAUGCUGUUUCCCUUGGGAGUUGAUUCCAUUCUGUAAUAUUGUCCUUGGGUAGAAGGAAUACUUGUAGUAAUAAUCCCUAAUGGCUGUUGGCUGUGUGUAAGAGUACUAAUUGGAGCAGGUUGAGUACGAAUGUCCAGCUGAUUGUACUUUGGCAUGUUAGUGAGAUAGUCUUAUGACUGUUGGCUACAUGUUGUAGGUAUAGUCAUUGGCAUGUAACUCUAAAAGGUGUGGCUAGUUUCCAGACCCCCGACCCUAACCUCGUUGUGGUCUAGAUUUACAGUAAUAGCAAAGCUAUCAAUCUUCAUAUCAGUAAAAGUGGUCUUGCUUUGCAAGUUACAAUCUACUGCAGUAGAUAUUUCUUUGAUAUUUCAUAUUUUCAGUAUGCAAGAAAUAAAGAAAUGUCAACAAAUAUGCAUAAAAUUAUUUUUGGUUCAAAAAGCAUUUCUCUAUACACUGUUUUAUAGGAUGGUGACAAAUUAGGAGAUGUUCUGCAGAUAUGUCAUGUGUGUAGUGGUUAUAAAGCACCAAGAGUUCAUCAUUGCAGCAAGUGUGGACGGUAUUGAAUGAUUCUUUUACUUCACAAAUUCUAUGUAAGGUUGUCAAGGGGAAGCCUGCUAGUAUGGAAGGAAAAGGGUGGAAGAUUGGUAAAAUUGAAGAACAGCUCCCCAAAAAUCUGCCAGUCGUCUGUUGGUAGACUGUAGACCAACAGUUUACCGACUCUCGACCAACAGUUCACCAUUUGGUGGCCAACUGCUGGUCAUUUGUCAGCUGACUAUUGGUUGAUAGUAGCCCAACAGAUUUUUUUGGGAGCUGUUCUUUAAUUUUGCUGGAAGCUAGGAGAGAAUUCAUGAGGCAAGGCAGACAUUUUAACCUCAUACCAUCAAAAAGUCUUUCCAGUAAAAAAGUGAAUAUUAAUUUUUUAGAAAAUUAACCUCAUUAUUUUGUGGUUUUCCAAGAAAGCAUGUUUGUUCACCAAGAUAAUAUUUCAAGACAAAUGUUUAUUUUCUGUACUCACAUUACUUACCUGAGGUCAACUCACAUCCUUCAGUCAACCGCAGGUUAUAUACACACCAUUACAUCUCUUACACAUGUGCAUGUGUUUCUUUAUGAAAUAACUUACAUGCAUUUAGGGUUGAACUCUGCUCUAUUCAAGUUAAAUUAUGCAUUUUGGACUUUUCUAACUUGUUUAUCUCAUUCAGUAAUAUACUCUUGAAUGGAUUGCUAUGAAGAAUAUCCCAAUAUUAAUUUAUUUUUCCUCUGAUAGAUGUGUCAUGAAAAUGGAUCACCAUUGCCCAUGGAUUAAUAAUUGUGUGGGUCACUUAAACCACAGAUCCUUUACAUUGUUCCUAUUUUUUGUUCCUCUUGGAUGUACUCACACCACUGUUAUUUUAAUUUGUUGUGUUGUUCAACAAUUUUAUUUGGUGAGUGCUUGUCAAUAAAUUGCUGUUUUUCUUCAUAUACAUGUACCGACUGUAAACUGCGCCCCCCAAUUUUAGGCUCAUCUACCUGUGAAGAAAAAAAUAAAUCUGAUUAUAAGUCCCCUGGAUAUAAGCCCCUCCAUUUAAAAGCCCUCCUAAAACCCCUUAUGAAGAUGUAUGAGUCCACAGUAGUGGCAGCAGUUUACAGUAUUAUUUACCUGUCUGUCAAAUAUUUUAACUUUAUUAUCACACUUACUGACCUGGCUAAUAUAGACAAAUAUUAGGCAACAUAAUUAAGUAAAUGGAAGUUGUGGUUGUUCAUCUAUAGGACAUGCAUCUAUUUUAUUACUACCCUAUGUACCUGGACAGUGUAGUUGACCUAUAAAUGCCUACUGCUUCCGUGUGCACUAAACAGAUAAAAUAUCAAAGUCUGCUCUGUUAUUCUAGGUCAGGGGUACUCUAUGAAUUAUUGAGUAGGUCUGUGCUGCACUCUAUACCAAACAAUGUUAAGCUCAUGCAUUUGCAAACCAAUUCUAGAUUGGGCCCCAAAUAUCUCUAUCUUUUUACAUACAAAAUUUAAUAUUAAUUUAAUAUUUAAUUCUGAAUUCCACAGAUCAAAUUUUCACUUAUAAUAGCUUGUUACAGACCAAAAUCCUCCAACUUGCUUGAACCCUAUCCCAAACGAAACUGCUUGAAAAAACUUCCAUCAACAAUAGAAUGUGCAUGGAUGAUGAAGUAUUAUGACUAAGGUUCAACUCCACUUGUAGGCUACUUACAUGUAUAUAUAUAAUGGUUGCAAUGGCCUGGGGAAAGUUUUUCUUGGGAUUUAGGUCAUUUGAUUUGAGCACCUAUUGUAGUUACUGUUCCACAUUAGAGAGAGGUUGAAAUGUCCUCUUACCCCCCCCCCCCUCUUACCCAGUUCAACCAGAAGGCCAUAUACUUGGGUGCCGGAUCCAGAUCUUCAGAUAAGGGGGGGGCAGUCAUCCAGACCCUGAGAUGAGAGGGGGGGCGGUCUCCAAAAAAAAAAUUUUCAUCCCUUCGGGCCUCAGUUUGGUGUAAAAAUAAAGGGGGCUCCCCGGGCCCCUCCCCUUUAUCCUUAUAAUAAUAAUGAUCAUUUAUUUAACCUUUUUGCAGCAUAAACUGAAUUACAAGGCGGGUCAUUAAUUACAUACAAAUACCUCGGAAUUAUGACACGUAAAUAUAACUGUUAAUGUUGAGACAUAUCACAUUUCGCUAUUUUAAACGUGAUUCUGGUAUUUGAUGGUGCAAAAAUUCCAAAUCUGUUAGUUCUUGAGGAGGCAGGCACAGAAACAGAUUCUCCUGUUGUAAGGGCAUACGGUCUUGUGUGCGCAACUUGCAGCACUAAGCUUCGUAGCAGGUCGGAAGAAGAGUAACUUCGCUUGAGAGAUGUUAUGCACGCAUCCUCCCUCCUCUGGCGCAGCAAAAUUAAGCCUGAUUUCUUAAGCGCGUUAACAUAGCACAGAGAAAGAAAAAUAAUUUUUAGCGCCCUCUUUUGACAGCUUCCCCUGACUGAUACUCUGAUACUGACUGAUACUCUAAUUGUAUAGCAAUCAAUUUUAAACCCGAAUUAAUUAUUGUCUUUAUCAAAAUUAUAUUCUAACUCAGUAACCGCUGUAUCCACAGUUGUCUGGUGGCCUUUAUCAACGUGUUGUGUUUCAGAGGAAUGCUGUAGUUCCAUUUAGAUUCUAUCAUCUUAUAGCUGUACUCUUUUGUAUUGGUUUGUCAGUGGGUGUUACAAUAGCUGUUGGCCUCCUUCUCUACUAUCAGGUCAGCAAUGUUAAAUUACUACAAGCUAUAAACUAGACUAAACAGGAACCACUAGUAUACAAGGCAGCUUUUUAAAGCUAUGCAUAUUGGACAUCUGGCAAGUUGGCGGUUAAAGAACUUAAAAGACAUAGGGUGCACAACAUGUCCAAGGUCUAUAAAUUUAUGUUAUGAUCUAUGGACAAAGAGAAAAAGAGCAACAUUUUGAUAGCUUCAGGUCUCUACUUGGUGGCUUGUUUCAUGCAUUUGGCUGAGCAGUGGAAGCAAGCAAGCUAAAGGAGCUGGCUUACUUUAUAGCUCUUUAUCCCAUAGUUAAAUUGCUCCAUUUACAGUCUACAUGUACUUCAGCUGGGAUUAAGGUGAGUUCAUUGGACUCACCAAUGUAAAAUUUAGGCAAGAAUCCUUCACCUGAACACCAGUAUACAAAAGAAUGUAUCAAAACAUGUAACACUCGUCAAAACAUGUAUUGCAAAUUAGGGAUUACCCGUGAAAACAUAAAAGAUUGUUUUGUCAUUGAAAAACAUGAAUGCUGUCUCAACAGUGAUCUCUUUGUUCCUAUAAUCCUUUAAUUGCAGUAUUUCCUAAAGUAUAAAACUUUUUUCACCUUUUUUGGUAAUUAUUUGGUUUGUUUCUGCAGAUAAAAGGAAUAAUAACAAACAAGACAGCAAUAGAAGCUUGGAUAGUGGAAAAGGUUCACACAAGAAAAGCUGUUCUUAUAGACUACAAAAAGUGUUAGAUAAGAGGAUGUAAAUUAUUAUCGAAAUUUGACAUAACUAUUUGCCACCAAACAUCACUCUUUCUGAAACUUGAUGAGCAAAUAGGCCAAAUAAUGUUUAAUUUUUAGUCAAUUUGCAUUUUUAUAUUCUUGUGGGCCUUUAUUUUAAUUGUUUCUAGUAGAAAGCUGGUUGUGUUAGUAAUGAGAGCAAUUUUUCCUCAACAAACAGGCUGACCGACCUCGCACUCAAGGAGACAUAUUUCUUUACCCUUAUGAUCUAGGAUGGAGA